CCAGGUGUCACUGUGCGCGCAGCGCUGCUUCCUUCCGGUUCUCACUUCCGGUGUCUGUCCGUUGUUUACGUUCAUGAGAAACAUGGAGGACGAGGUGGACGUUGACAUCGAGGGAGACGAGUUUGAGAACAAUAUCCGAGACCCGGAAGUAGGAGUUCUGGCCCCGGAGCGGUUCAUCCGGUCCGAGUGGACGAGCAGCGCGGCGAUACUGCCAUGGCAACUGGACAGCUCCAUCAGCUCGGAGGACAGGGAGGCGAUCAAGACGAUGCUGCUGGAGGAACAGUAUUACCUCACAGGGGGGGGGACCCCCGACCACCUCUGGGAAAGUGAAGCAGACAACUGUCCCAAAGGGACAAAAUCUCCGACCAAGGCGCCGUCCUCCGGCUCCUCCACCCGAUGGUCCCCCCAGGAGAAGGACUUGUUUGAGGAGGGGCUGGCUCAGUUCGGGCGGCGGUGGACUAAGAUUUCCAAACUGGUGGGGAGCCGCUCCGCCUUCCAGGUGAAGAGCUACGCCCGACAGUUCUUCAAACGCCAGACUCCAUCAGAGCCCAGAGGAGCAGCCCCCCCCGCAGGCGGUGUGCUGCAACUACACCCUCAGUCCACCUCCGCUCAGGCGUCCGCUCCGUCCAACGCCGUCCGCAUCGAGACGCUCUCCGACGAGGAGGACGAGGAGGUGGACAUCACCGACGACCCGAGCGAGGAGGGGGGCGUGAAGGCCGGGCUGCGGGAGCCGGUGGGGGGGGCGACGCCUGCCGACGCCCCGGAGGAGCCGGGUGCGACCGAGGCAAAGCACCGUCACACCUCGCUGCCUCCGCCCUCGUCCCCCCCCCCUCCCACGGAAACUGGGCCGGAGGACGAAGAGCCCCCCCCCCCCAGAAAAGCAGAGACCACAGCUCAGAGAGACUCGGAGGAGACGGCCCAUGAGGACACACGUGAGACUCUGCUUCCACGACCCCUUCCAGCAGAAGCUCUUCUGAACUCUCAUGGUCCACUUUGCUCCACAGCUGAGGAGACCGAGCAGAGUGCAGCUGAUGGAGCAGAGGAGGAGGAGGACCAGGAGGAGGAGGAGGAGGAGGAGGAGGAGGAGGAACUACUCAAAGUGCCUGAGAAGGAAAUGGAGAUGGACAUGGAGACCAUUGCUGAAGAGGAGAAACAAGCUAUCCCAGAGUUCUUUGAGGGACGACCAUCCAAGACCCCUGAGAGAUACCUUAAGAUCCGGAACUACAUCCUGGAUCAGUGGUUGAGGAUCAAGCCCAGGUACCUGAACAAGACCUCCGUCCGCCCGGGGCUGAAGAACUGCGGCGACGUGAACUGCAUCGGGAGGAUCCACACCUACCUGGAGCUGGUCGGGGCCAUCAACUUCCACUGCGAGCAAGCCGUCUACAACCGGCCCGGCCCGGUGGACCGGUCCAAGCACAGGGAGGGCAGGGACGUGAUGGAGGCCUACCAGCUGGCCCAGAGACUGCAGAGCAUGCGGACCAGGAAGCGCCGCGUUCGGGACACCUGGGGGAACUGGUGCGACUCCAGAGACCUGGAGGGACAGACGUACGAGCAUCUGAGUGCUGAGGAACUCGCCCUGCGGAGAGAAGAGCGGAAGAGGAACCCGAAACCCUGCAAGAUGUCCCGGCUCAGAGGGUCCUUUGACCCCUUCCAGCUGAUCCCCUGCAGGUGCUUUGGGGAGGACGUGCAGGAACCCUUCCAGGUCAUCGUGUGUGCAGAGACUCUUCUCAUCAUGGACAUGCACGCCCACGUGUCCCGCUGUGAGGUCAUCGGCCUGCUGGGUGGAGCCUAUGAUGAAGAGAAGAGAGUGCUGAAGAUCCGUGCAGCCGAGCCCUGUAACAGUGUGAGUACGGGUCUGCAGUGUGAGAUGGACCCGGUGUCCCAGACGCAGGCCCAUGACCUGCUGUCCUCUCUGGGCCUCUGCGUGGUCGGCUGGUACCACUCACACCCGUCCUUCCACCCCAACCCGUCGGUCCGGGACAUCAACACGCAGGACCAGUUCCAGAGCUACUUCUCUCGAGGCGGAGCUCCGUUCAUCGGGAUGAUCGUGAGCCCCUACGACCCGGCUAGCCCCUCCCCCCACUCCCAGACCACCUGUCUGCAGGUGAGGGGGAGCCAGGAGCCUUCAGGCCCCCAGAAGCUGCCCUACAGAUUUGACUUCCUGUCCUCCCAGGACAUCCCCGACUGGGAGCAGACCCUGAGGCGAGCUCGCUGGAUCAUCCAUCGGUACCAUCAGGCCGCCGGGAGGGUCCAGAUGGACGGAUUGUUCCGGAGGGACUCGCACCUCACCUGUCUGGAGAAGAUGCUGUCGUCCCUGGCCCGGUACCUGGAGCCCCUGCCGGACGAGGAGGGCGACUCCUUCCUCACCGAGAUCCAGGCGAGCUUCCAGGCCCACUUCAUGGCGCCGCAGGACGCCAUCGGACCGGCCCACUCCGAGGAGUUCUCCUUUGAUGGGCUGGUGGGGGAGGAGGGAGGAGAGGGGGGGGGAGACGGCUCCGGUCCAGACUCUUCAGACGCGAGCAGCGCAGUCUUACAUCUGGGCUCCGUGUUGUCGACUGAAUACGACUAUUUACUGUGAAGGGACCAGGACGAGGUGUCAGUGUUACAUUUCAUUCUUUUGUUGCUUUAAUCACAAACAAGAAAGAGCGUUUUGUUAUUGGAGGGAAAAUUAUUUUUCCUUCUCAGUUAAACAGGAUAAUGAAAUAGAUUUAUAUAUUUUGUUAUGUUUGUGUAUUGAUUUGGUCUUAUUUUGGUUCCAAUGCUUUCAAAUACUGUUUUUUACCAAAAUAUCUACAAAUAAAGUCAGACCUUGCUUAGCAAUGCAUUUAUUUUUGUUUAAUUGCCCACCUGUAUAAUAUUCAUAUUCAAUGUGUUUUAUAAGCUCCUGUAUAAUAUGUUUAUGAUAAUAAAGUUGUAGGUAAAACACUCAAAACCAAAACAACAAGCAUGUCCCCUUGAAACUUGUUUUAAAAAUGCCAUUUUUAUCCCAAAUCCAUGAAUCAUGUUCUUAAAGGAAAUGAGCAGCAGUGAAAUGAGUAACAGUAUUUUAAUGAUGAUGAUUCUGCACCCGGAACCUUCGUCGCGGAGU